GUGGAGUCCUCGGGCUGCGUGAGAGCAGUGUGGUGGUGUGCGAGGACGGCAGUCCGCGCGCGGUGGCCGACGCAGGCGCACGUCCGCGACGACAUGCCGUAGGGGGCGCCGCCGCCAUGGUGUACCCAGAGGCGGCCCGAUGGGGCGCUUCCGACCAGGACGCGGCGCUCGCGCCCCUCUACGACACCGUCUACAGAGAUGGCGUGCUGUCGACAGUGAACGUGGUGGAAGCUCUCCAAGAGUUCUGGCAGAUGAAGGCGGCGCGGGGGGGCGGCGCGGCUGGCGGGGGCGGCGCCCUCGUCAUCUACGAGUCCGUGCCGGCCGCUCAUCCGCCCUACGUGUGCUAUGUCACGCUGCCCGGAGGAGCCUGCUUUGGCAGCUUUCAGAAUUGCCCGACGAAGGCGGAAGCGCGACGCAGCGCGGCCAAGAUCGCGUUGAUGAACAGCGUGUUCAACGAGCACGAGUCCCGGAGGAUCUCCGAGCACUUCAUCGAGAAGGCCGUGGCUGAGGCGCGCGCGUCGUUUGCUGGGGAUGCGGCUGCGCAUCAUCAGGACCCGAGUGCUGGCAUCGCUGCCUUUAGAUUUAUGCUGGAAGCAAACAAGGGGCGGACGAUGCUGGAGUUUCAAGAGCUGAUGACGGUAUUCCAGCUGCUGCACUGGAACGGCUCCUUGCGUGCGAUGCGGGAGCGUCAAUGCUCGAGGCAGGAGGUGGUUGCGCACUACUCUGCGCGUGCGCUAGACGACGCCAUGCGCGAGCAGAUGGCGCGCGAGUGGGCCGCGAGGGAAAGAGACGCAGCGACCAGCGCAGGCGGUGUGAUAAGGACAGAACUAGCCCGCGCUGAACGAGAACUCCGCGCCGCUCGACUGGCCGCUCGAGAACUCAGAUUCCCCAAGGAAAAACGCGACAUCCUCCUCCUAGCGGCGAGGCUCGCACCCCCACAACCCCAACAGUGAUCUCACCGCCACGCUCACUUUGUUAUUUAAGUAUAGUUUUAGUGUAAAAUCGUUUUAUUUGCAUUCCUAUCGCCACCCAUUUACUAUUAACAUUAAAUAUAACUUUGAUUUAAUCA